UCCUGUUGCAGGGGCGACCCUUGAAGGCCGAACUGGUGCAAGGGGUCUCAGGCAGCCGGAUUUGGACCUGAUGAAGAUACAGCCAUGGACGAAGAAGAAGCACUCAACUCUAUUAUGAAGGACUUGGCCGCUCUGGGCAAAUGCGGAGGCUUCUUAGACAGCCACAGGAACAAAAGCCAUGUCCACUCCAACAAACAGUUGCGGAAUGCCAGGAUCAAGUUUGAACAUGACGGAGAGAAAAGGAUCAUCCAGUUCCAGAGGCCGGUCAAGUUCAAAGAAGUUCUGCAGAAAGUAAUGGACGCGUUCGGACAGAUGAUGGAUUUGCACUAUGCCAACAAUGAGCUCUUGAUCCCUCUGAAAACGCAGGAAGACUUGGACCGGGCUGUGGAACACUUGGAUCUCAGCCCUUCUCUCAAGAGCCUGAGAGUGUUUGUGAAAACUCCAAGGAAAACAAAUUCCCUGCAGCCCAACAACAGCAAGCAGCACGAGAUGAGAAUAUCCAAGUCAAUGGGCGAUAUCAUGGGGUCCCUGUAUAAAGACGCCGAGAGGACGCGGAAGCACUCCACGGGGUCCCUGCACACAGGCCGGAGUUCCCCGCCCCCCGGGAGCGUCCCCGAAGAGCAACAGCAAAUCGCCCGCCAGGGCUCUUACACCAGCAUCAACAGCGAAGGGGAGUUCAUCCCAGAGACGAUGGACCCAAACGUGCUGGAGCCGUUUAUCAGCCCGGACGACUCUCUCUCAGGAAGUUGUCAGUCUUUGGACAGAUCCAUAGACAGCCCUGCAUUUAACCAAACAUCUGGUCCGAGAAGGACAAGCCAAGCCAAAGACAGUCUGGAUUGCUUAGAUUUUGAUAUCCCAUUCUGUGACAGAUACGGGAAGGGAGGGACUUUCCCAAGGCAGUAUCACCUCUCCCAGAGUCGCAAGGACUAUAGUGAUGGCCGAAGAACCUUCCCUAGAAGUUACGCCCCCCCGGAGAAUCUUUUCCAGCUUGUGCCCUCCAGCCGGACGAAGAGCUUCAACGGAGACAACAAACUCAUCACCUUGCGGUAUGAGGACCGUGGGGGCACCAAGUGGUGGCACAGCUGCGACAAGAUCUUCCAAAGCUUCGGCUCAUCUCCAGCCAAGACAAGGAACACAAUGCAGGCCCCUGUGAACUGGCGGUUGGGAAAGCUGCUAGGCCGGGGAGCCUUUGGAGAGGUCUAUCUUUGCUAUGAUGUCGACACUGGCCGGGAGCUCUCCGUCAAGCAGGUGCCCUUUGACCCCGACAGCCAAGAGACAAGCAAAGAGGUGAAUGCCUUAGAAUGUGAGAUCCAGCUGCUGAAAACUCUCCGCCAUGAGCGGAUAGUUCAGUAUUACGGCUGCUUGCGAGACCCCGAGGAGAGGAAACUGUCCAUCUUUGUGGAAUACAUGCCAGGGGGGUCCAUCAAAGACCAGCUGAAAGCCUAUGGGGCUCUGACGGAGAACGUCACCCGGAGGUACACCAGGCAGAUCCUGCAAGGAGUCUUCUACCUGCACAGCAACAUGAUUGUACACAGAGAUAUUAAAGGUGCCAACAUUUUGAGAGAUUCCUCGGGGAAUGUGAAACUCGGAGAUUUUGGUGCCAGCAAACGCAUUCAGACCAUCUGCAUGUCUGGGACGGGGAUGAAAUCUGUCACAGGGACACCAUACUGGAUGAGCCCUGAGGUGAUCAGCGGGGAAGGAUACGGAAGGAAGGCCGACAUUUGGAGUGUGGGCUGCACUGUGGUAGAGAUGUUGACUGAAAAGCCACCCUGGGCAGAAUUUGAGGCAAUGGCCGCCAUUUUCAAAAUCGCGACACAGCCCACUAAGCCUCAGCUUCCAGACGGUGUCUCGGACUGCUGCCGCAAUUUCCUCAAGAUAAUUUUUGUGGAAGAGAAGCGGAGGCCCACAGCGGAAGAAAUUCUGAGGCACUCUUUUGUGAACUUUAGCCUCUAGUUAGGCUUUCCCACGUGAGGAAGGACAAAAGCCAAAGGUCCAUACAAUAACUGUGGGGAGGGUGAGCAAAGAAAAACAAAUGACACUUUUCUGAAUUCAGCCUCAAUUGCCUCAUUGGGUCACUCCCAAAUAUGCUGCGUUGUUGCCAAUCAAGCCUUAUUGGAUAAGAGGCAGCCAUCUUGCCUUUUCCUAAGCUGCACUUAACGGCCAUCUUGGCUUCGGAGAUUGAUGACUCUUUGAGAUGGAGGGAUCUAUGGAACUGAAGAUCCCUUUUGCACUAGGAUAAGCUGCCUUGUGGCCACUGUUGUGUCGCUUUCUCAUGAAGGCCUCGUGAAUUUGACCAGCCGCUGAAGAACAAAAUGAAGGAAGUUGUCCGCCAUCUUGUCAGCCUACCCUGGUAAUGUUUCCUCAGAGCGGCAAAAUGCGCAGCGUGCUCCAGAAAGCCACGCUUCCUCCUUGUCGAUGGGAGGAUGGGUAUUGAAAGGGAAUCUAGUGUGCCGUCGGAAGAGAAACUGUAGGAGGUCCAGUGCACAUAGCAGUAUCUCUGGCUACCUAUUCGAAGCAACAGAACAAAGAGUGAUGCUUGUAUAUCAUAGGCAGCAAUUGUACUCAUAGCAACAAAGAGGUUAUGCCAGAGACUUGACUGCAAAUGGAUUAGGUUGUAUGGAACAUUCUAGAAAGAUAGAACCUAUGGGGUCCCUCAGAGGCCAUCUGUCCCCUCUCUUGGACCCAGUUAGUCUAGAUUUUAUAUGUGUAUAUAUAACCCGCAACAGAAAUAUUUGUUGACUCUGUUGUUAGCAACCCCCUGUAACGGCGACCUUCACCCGUCUCCCUCCGUGCGGGCGCUGAGGUUGAGUGCGUCUCAGAGGCCAGGGAUGAGCUGGGCUGGUGGGCAGCAGGAAGGCUGGAUGAAUUCUUCCAGGGACCAGAACUGAGGGAAACCAGCGGGUCUGCCAAUCUCUCUCUCCCUCCAUAGCAUCUGAUUGAUUUUCCAGACUGGCAGGAUUCUCUAUGGCCUGUAGUUCUGCCGUCUCAUCAGCAGGGGGCUAGCGCCUAACCUGCAAGGUUCCCGGACUGAGCUCUGAGGCUGUACAGUGUGUUCCUUUGCCCUGGUCCCGGAUUCUUACAGUAUGAGGUAUACCUUGCCAAACUACAUGUUUCUGGCAGGCCUUGGCCUACAGAAUUACAAAGGUAGGGUUGUCAGCCCCACCCCCCAAUCAGAGGCGGGGCAUCUCCCAGCCCUGCCUCUUGCUGCCAAUCAGCUGGCUGGGGAGGGACUUACCGGCAGGGGAGAGAGGCCUAGGCCGCAGUCGCCAGUGACACAGUGAUGUCACUUCCGGUGUGUACUGGAAGCGACAUCAUUGCACUCCGAUAUUUGAGCCAAAGCUCUAUGGUCGAAGCCAUGUUUACCAUAGAGUUUUUACCCCAAUACCAUAGUGUCGCCACGACGCAGGCGAUAUAACGAUGUCACUUCCUGUGCACGUCGGAAGUUACAUCACGUCGCCGGCGACGAGGCCCGGGUCUCCCUCGCUCCUGGUGAGUUCCCCCGCAACCCUAAAGCCAGUUUAAACGUCGAGGUCACCCAAACUCCACCUCUCCGUGGGUGCACCACAUAUCCUCGGCCUGGUAGCAUUAGGGCCAGCUUGCCACGCAAGCGGUUUCUUGGGUGAUAAAGCGCAGAGGGCUCCAGAAUCUCACUCUGGGUCGUCAGCACUGUAGGAGAAGGUUGCAUCUUUUGCCAGCAUCUGUCUCCACCUUCCACACCUACGCUGCAGCUGGUUGGGCCAAGCCAAACGCUCGCAAUGUUAUUAGUUGUGCUGGGGCUCCACAUAUUCCUACGGGAGGAGGUGACGGGUGACAUUUCUGCUUGGGAGAAGAGAGCACCUUGAAGCGGCCCUGGGGGGUGUUGAUAUACCAACAUUGCACAGGCGCAGCGAAGCAUUUUAAAAGGUUAAUCCCUGCGUGGAUCAACUCCAUUGGGAUGGGCUUUUCAGUAGCCCUUUAGCGGGAACCCUAACGUUAAGGGCGUCUUGAUCUGGAAAGGAAAGGAGGCCCAUUCCCACCAGCCAAUCCGGGCUAACUAAAUGCAUCUGCCCAUCCUUUAAUGGGUUGGCAGACAUUACUAAACGCCCGCUGAGCAAUAGCCUCAGACUUCGAAGGUUCAUUGGGCUAUCCCGUGUCCCCUCUCCCUUCCCUUCCAGAUUCUGCCCCAGAUUGUGUGACUGAAAUAAACUGUGUGGUUUAAGCAAA